AUGAAAACCAUAUUUAUAGCCUUAAUAUUGACCACUUUUCUAGUCAGUGCAUGCUAAAUAUUUCAACAAUAGCAACUUAAUUAAGAGAGAUAUUUUAAAGAUCAAGAAAUUGCAACUAAUUAUUAAUGCUCAAAUUACAUAAAAUUAAAUAAUGUAGUUGAAUCAAGAAUACAUUAAAAGACAUAAACAACUUCACCUAAGAAUCAAGAAUUGAUAACAUUAUUCUAUAAAUUAUUAACUAUAUAAGUAUGA